AGACGUGAUUAGCACUGCGAUAAAUCUCGAGAGCUCGUUUAUAAGACGUGUGCGUCGUUCAUUAGACAUUAUAGUUGGAGCUAUUAAGGGUCGCAAGCAAGAUUUCACAGAUAUCCACCUUGAGGUUAACUUCAGAGACCAGACCAGCGACAUGUUUGCAGCUACUAGUACUUUACUUUGUUACGAUAUGUUUUUUGACGAGAGACUACGAGGCGCUCAACCCAUGGACUCCUCUGCUCCCCAAGAUGUGAUCGUGGAAAGUAUGUCAGAAGAUGUUUAUAACCCUAGCGACGAUUUCUGGAAGAAAUUUGCCUUACCGACGCCUCCUUAUAGCCCCGAAAACUACCUACCCCAGACUGGCUGUACACGGAACUUCAUCGGAACGAGGAGAAACGGCCUUCAAGUUGUUCCAGAACCGGAAGAUCUGUCUUCGGACUUACCUCUGGUUCUGUCCGAUGCUGAAAUGGAACGGCUGACAUGUAGCACGAUAGAUGACGAGUAUAUCUGGCCGGCGGGUGAGACCGACUUUGAUCGAGUUGAAUCGCAGAGGUUUCAAGGCAAUCGCGUUGUGCUGUCGGCAGCGUGCGUGAAUGAAGCCAGUGCUGAAAUGGCGGCAGAACAUCAAGUGAUGAGAGAUCUGCCUCCCUUUGUCGCUACGGUUGCAAACCAAGACCCCGCGCUUGGCCCACAACCAGUUGAUAGGUGGCACCCACAGUUUUCAGUGGAAAAUCCAGCGCUAAGGCUAGCUCAGCCAGCAGCGAGCGAGGAAUUUAUCCAUCAACGGUUUGACUGCGCAGUGUCCAAAAAACCGCGCAAGUCGAGGAGAUCAAGUCGGCAAGACUCUCCUCCUAUGGAAGGCGACGAUUCUGAAGACAACGAGACAAGUCGGGCGACUCAUAAUGUUCUCGAGAGGCAAAGGAGAGAAGAUCUUAAAUGUCGCUUCCAGUUUCUGAGAGACAGUAUCCCCGAGCUCGAAGAUAAUGAUCGAGCGUCCAAAGUUUUAAUUCUUAAAAAAGCGCGGGAAUACGUGCAUCAGUUAUUUUUAGAGGAGGAACGUUUACUUGCCGACAAAGAGUUAGAACGCCAAAGGCGACUUAUACUUCUCGAGCGUCUUACAUGCUUGCGGCAAGGUUAUGGUGUGAUGUGAAAUGAUCGUUUUGCAGACUUCUAGCUAUAAUGUUUUUUGACCAGUAAUUAUUUUAAAAGUAAGUAGCAUCACAUCGCCUCGAUAUGAAAUAAUUUUUUUUACAUUAUAUAUAUUAUUGUCAUUUCGAAAAACGUGAUUGAGGAUCAUAUCAAUUACCCAGAUUAAUACGCAGUUUAUUGCUAUAAAAUAAACUCGAUUGUUAGAUAUAAUUUAGCGAGUUGCUAGUGACAAGUUAAAUAAUUGAGUGACUGGAGUUUGGUUUUAAAAUGUCUUCCGACAUCCAGUGUUUGCCUAGACAAAUCCAAAUCAAAGAUUUCUCUCAAUCAAAUAAAACUUACAACUUUCCAUCUAGGUCACUUUUAAAAUUAUCCUUACGUUCACGUUUCGUGUAAGUUAUUUUUUACUUUUCUAACUCCGCGUAUUACUAAAAGUAAUUUUUCUUUCUAUUUUGCAUUUUUGCCGGUUAAAUGGAAAAGAUAUUUGAAGAAAUGCACCUUUCUAAUACUUCUAACGCAUGGCGUUACUUUUACUUUCAUACAAAAUUGAACACGAAUGAAAAAAAUAUAGGGAGAAUAUAAACAUCCAUUCGUUUUGCAGGUACUAAGUAAAAUGGGAUAGAAAAAGGCACUAGUCAUCAAUGACGCAUUUCUCAUGUACAUUUCAGUUGGAAUGAAAUCUACUUAUCCUCGUGCGAAAGUUAUCCGCAUUUUCUUCCAGUAAAAAAAAAAGACAUGUAAAUUCAGUUUUGAGAAGUUCUGAAAGAGUUUCUCGUUAUUUGUACAAAAAAAUCCAAACAAACUGCUGAUGUUAAUACGAACAAUCCACUGAGAUAUUUUUGUCCGAGUUAGUGAGAGGUUUUUUUAACUCACUGAAGUAUAACUCGGUUAAAUAACCUCUAUUUGUGUGUAAUCUGUAUAUGAAACAAUUUUGUAAUGAAACCUUAACGCCUUGAAAAUAAACAGGCUUGAAAAUGAGUAAACGUGUUGAGAUGAAUCUUGCCAAAUAGUGACUAACUCUGUAAGACGAUACAACAGCUUUGAACUAAAGGGGAACAAGUUCAACUAAAAACAAUUUUAGAAACUGGUGAAAUUUUGAAGCGAAUUAUCUCGUUCGUAGCAACUGGAGCAGCUAAACAAUGUAAUUAGGAUGUGAAUUGAUUUAGUAGGAUCCAACAUGGAUCUUUGUCAUUUAGCAUUCUAGUUUGGCUGAGCGCCUCGUAAACUCUCUGUCCCUCGCGUAAUUUAGGCGCGCAACGAGCGAAAUAACGAAGUCAGAGGUUGUUACAAUGCGCCCAACUUUGAAAAAUUCGAAAUCAGAUAUGUCUGAUUUUCUUUUGUUAUUGUGAGAAAUCAAUAUCAGAAGCGGGCUAUCCAUGAAGACAAUUUCCAGAUAAAUCUCCCAUAUCAGGUUAACUGACGCUCAAACUACCAAGCGGACCGAUUUUAUCUUUGUAUAUCUACUGUGUAGAAACGUAGUGGUGCAAUGGUUUUCAAAUCUUCAUUUCAUUCAUUUGGCGGAACAGUAAAUGUUUAGAAGCCAUAGCACAGCUGUCAUUUUUGAUAUUUUCCCAACAGUCUGUGGUAAAGCUGUUUUUUAAUGUGCCGUUCUGUACUUUGAAAGUGUC